CCGGGACCCUCGCUGAACCGAAGCAUCGCUGCUGCUGUCCCUGCUGCAAGUCUCUGUCCACCAGAAGAGAAUCAUGGGCUUCCAGAACUUCUCCCUCAUCCUAGCCCUCAGCAUCUUGGUCCUGUACCAGGUGGGCAGCCUCCAGGCAGUGCCAUUCCGGUCCAACCUGGAGAGCAUCCCAGGACUGGAUAUGCUCAGUGAGGAGCAAGCGCGCCACCUGCUGGCUGCACUGAUGCAGGACUACGUGCAGAUGAAGGCUGGUGACCUGGAACAGGAGCUGGAGACCCAGAGCUCCAGCAUCACUACCCAGAAGACAGCCUGCAACACUGCCACCUGUGUGACUCAUCGGCUGGCAGCCUUGCUGAGCAGAUCAGGGGGUGUGGUGAAGAGCAACUUCAUGCCCACCAAUGUGGGUUCUAAAGCCUUUGGCCGGUGUCGCAGGAACCUUCAGGCCUGA